CUGAAGUAAUCAGCUGUGUCUGUGUCUUGACAAGCCAGCCAUAGAGCACGGCACGUUUCUUACCAUCAAGCACCAACGGGCACAACUUCCUUGCUACGUAGGCUACUCUUCCGUUCUCUGCUUUUAGGCCGUAAAUUGUGAGGGAUGAGCGUGUCCGUGUCAACUUGACCCCGUUCUUGUUCACUUUGCCGAUGACGUCAACCCUGCGAUAUUUCCGGGGUCUGUCACCGUCACCGUCACCGUCACCGUCACCGUCACCGUCACCGCCAACGCCAUCCCACGCUUCCAUGAUCCGAACAGCUCGUACGUUUGCCCGUCGCCGUAUGCGUUUCGGUCACAUUCAUCUCUCCUGGUCCGUGUUACUCGUCGCAACCAUAUCCAUCACCUUCUUCUCCUCCACCAUCCCUUCCGCAUCCGGCGUUUCCGUCUCCGCCUCCGAAUCGGAUUCCAGCCUCCCUCGUCUCGGCCGGAAGCCCUUGUACCAGCGCUUUCUGCAUCAGCUUCCCGCCUACACACCGACAAGAGCGUGCUUACACACUGUGGAAGGUCGCACUCUUAUCGCGGAUGACCAGGGUUACCUGUGCGAUUGGACCGACCUAAAUUUCACCACGGGUUGCUGUCCGUCUGCUUGGGAGAGAAUAUCAGCUGCCGGAGGAAGUUCUGAAACUGGAGGCAAACUUUCCACCAAUCCUGACGAGCGUGCCGAAUCAGCUUCGGAAAUGCAGCGGACAUUGAGAUUUUCCUGCCGGUCUUGUAACUUUACUGACCGCUGCUGCGAAGUGUACGAACAGUGUGUAACCUGCUGUCAAGAUCCCGAUCGCACUCCGCCUCGCCUGGCGACAAUCAUUGCGACUGCAGCUCAGCCAUCAGCUGGACGAUUCUCCUCCGUCUUUGACUUCUGCCGCCACCGCUGCAGGCACAACUCUAAGAGCGUGGUUCAUGAAAACGCUUACAUAAGCGACAGGCACCACUGCUACGGCUUGCCGGUGGAAGUGCAGGCAGCGGCUGACGCAGCAGCCUCAGCUGCUGCUGCUGCAGCUGCAGCCAAGAAAUUGUCCAGAAGGGAUGGAGACACUGGUAGUGCCAGUGCUGAUAGUGAAAUGUCUAGCGAGAUAAUUUCUUCUGCAUCGGAUGUAAGCAGUGUAGAAGGUGGUGAAGAGUCAAGGAGCAGAGGUGGCAGUGGUGGUGGUGAUAUUGCCGGUGCUGCUACAGCUGCUGCUACAGCAACUGGUGCUGCUGCUGUUGCGGUUGGUGUGGGGGGAUUCAGUCAGGGACUGGAGGACGUGGAGCUGAAGAUGGAGAUUGGCAAGCCUGGCCAAUCUUGUGAUCACACGUGUGCACAGCAGGGCUUGAAGUGUCGGGCCGAUCUUCUUCCCCGAAUCAACAGCUGUCCUCUGCUCCGCCGCUUCUUCCCCUGUGCACCCGGCUGCUUCGCCUCUCUGGGGCAAGACCAGCCAGCAGAAGUGGUAGGAGCACCAGGCGCUAUAUCUGACGACAUGCCACAGCACACACAACAUAUACGCUCUGGGCAACAAGGUCAAGAUUCACAUCUGCUGAGGCAGAUGCUGCAAGACCUAAGAGGUCAUUCAAAGGUAGGUGGUCACAUGCGUCAGCAUGGACAACACCAACCGCAGCAGCAGCCGCAGCAGAGGUCUCAGGCCCAGUACAUGCCUCUCACAUGCCUUGUGAGCCUGGAUCCGAGCCUGCCCUCCUGUGAAGGGAGGCACCCAGAGAGGCGUAGGUUAUGUCCCUGUAGCGUGGUGCAUUCUUGAUAUUGUGUAUUCGGAAGUGUUUGCCUUGAGGUGCUUUGUAAUGCGAGCAGAAGUUGUAUAGAUAUAUUGUUCU